UUUGACAUCCAAUAGCCGAUGUGUUCUAGUGGUGUCGUUAAACAAAGCAAACUUUUUGACAUACAUAUAUUUGACACUUGGUCUAGAAAAUGAGAUAGGAAACCUGCUGCUGCCACAUAGGAUACAAUGGUGUAGCAGCAAAUGAUCAUCUAUAUAUGCAGUUUCCCAUAAACAGUUCAGCACAUACCAAUACUUUUGAUAAACACGCAGCUGGGAAAGGUGUUAGGUUGGGGGAUAACUCUACAAUUUAAAUAUUAAAAAUGUACUCAGGCGUGUGCUCAAACAUAUUAUUCAGGGGAACAUGACUUAACCUGCAGAGGCGGAUCUAGGGGGCUCUCCAGGGGCCUGGGCCCCCUAAAUUUUGUGGUAGUUAUAAUUUUAUUAUAUAUUAAUUUUCUUCUUUUUUUACGAUCCCCAUCCGAAGUUCCCUUGGCAUUCCACCUCAUGUCACUGCCCCCCCCCCCCCCAAAUGGAUUUUCUGGAGCUACCACUGAACACCCCCCCCCCCCCAUAAACUUCGCUCGCUACAGUCUAGACCCACCCCCUCCCCUGCUAAAAUGCCUGAACACCCGCCUGGUAAUGUGAGCCACUUCGAAGUGAAUGUAUUGAGAGUUUUCCGCUCCAGAACUGUUCAGGUGUAUCUCAAAUUAUAAUAAACUAAAAAGACGACGACGAUGAUAAUCAUCGUUAUAAUGAUGAUCAUCAUAAUGGUUGUGAUGAUGAUCAUGAUAAAAAAAAAGGAAAGAUAAAAAAAAAAAAGGACAGGCGAUAUAUAAAUGGUACCAGUAUAUUAAUAAUACAUAUAUACUAGUAUGUUGAUAACGAAAAAAAAAAAAAUGUUUUAUUUAACGACGCACUCAACACAUUUUAUUUACGGUUAUAUGACGUCAGAGUUGGUAACGAAAACAUGAGUAUUAAAAAUGUGAUUGUGAAACUUGUGUUUUGCAUUAAUAAACACUAUUAUGGGACAGUGGCGAAAUUACAACUUUAAAAAGGUGCUUUUUUCAAUAUGGUGAAAAAUACUGAUAACACGACCUCUUCGAUAAUAAAUAGAUCGGCGAUAUCAAAGGAAUAAAGGGUACAUGUAUUGUCAUUGUUGGUCUUUUGUGAAACGUUGAUAUCCAUGGCUGAAUACUGAAUUAUCGUUAACACGGAAGUAAUCAAAGACUUCUGCUAGACCUUGCCUACAUUACGUGCACCUCAGACUUUUCUCUAGGUUACGACUAGUAUCUACCGGCGUGGCUGACCUGGAAAAACUGACCCGAGCAAUAACUAUGGCAGCUGGUUUGAGACAUAAUAUUUUCCACAGCAUAUUGUAUCAGCAAACCGUUUGCUUAGGCUGUUUUCGUUACGCUUCGACUGAGCCAGCAUCUACUGCAUUAGAUGCAAAAUAUCCACGACCGUUUAAUGAAAUUCCACACAAAAAAGGCUAUCCUUUCAUUGGCAAUUUUCUGGAGGCUGUCCAAAGUAUUAACAAACUUCAUAUUCUCAUGCGGGAUCGACAUGAAAUGCUCGGCCCGAUCUUCAGGGAAAAGACGGGUUCUUUCGACAUGGUCUGCAUCACCGACGUAGAUGCGCUCGAGCAGUUGCUGCGACAAGACGGAAAGUACCCCAACAGGACCGACAUCCCGGCCUUUAUUCAACAUAGAAUCGACUCUGGAGAAGCUUCUGGUAUAUUAAUUGCUAAAGACGAGGACUGGGCUCGUAUGCGACGUGUGCUCAAUCGACGAAUGCUCAACAUCAAACACGUUGAGAAGUACGUUCCAGACUUCAACGAAGUGUCACGUGACUUCUUGGAUAGACUGGAACACGUACGGACAGAGGACAACCGUAUCACCGGAUUAAACACAGAACUCUUCCACUGGGCGCUAGAAUCCGUGUCCACGUUGCUCUAUGGCAGACGUAUGGGGUGCCUGUCUGAAAAUCCUGAUCCAGAACUGAAAAGCUUCAUCGAAGCAGCGCAUCACAUGUUCCACGCAACUGCUAAUGUUCUCUUCUUCCCGCCAUGGUUCGCAAAGGUCUUUCUCCCGAAGAGGUGGAACGACUUCAAAUCUACAAUGGACACACUAUUCCGUGUUGCCAGGAAAUGUGUCGAUGAGAAACUUGAAAUGCUGAAAGAAGAAGAAAACGAAGAGCUUGGCUUCUUGGAAUAUAUUUUAUCUGAACACACGUUGACCCCUCAAGAGAUUUACGCCAAUGUCACGGAAUUAAUGAUCGGGAGUGUUGAUACGACGUCGAACGUCGUGCAGAUGAUCCUGUAUGAACUGUCAAGAAAUACACGCGUCCAGCAGAAACUGUACGACGAGGUGACCGGCGUCGUACCGGAAGGAGAAUUCCCCAGUGCUGCCCAGCUACAAAACAUGCCAUACUUGAAGGCCGUCAUUAAAGAGACGCUCAGACUUUACCCGAUUGGAAACAAUAUUAAUCGAGUUCUCCAGAAGGACAUGACCAUCCUGGGAUAUCACAUCCCUGCAGAGAAAACCGUAACUGCGUCACUAUACGUGCUUGGUCGUCUGCCAUCUUUGUAUGAUGACCCCGAGUCGUUUCGUCCGGAACGAUGGUUACGUGGUAAUCUCAAAGAGCAAGAUAAAAUGAAUCGCUUUGCAUUUCUACCCUUUGGACACGGGGUCAGGAUGUGUAUAGGACGUCGCCUGUCAGAGUUAGAAAUGCAGGUGUUAAUCGCACAGAUGGUUGCUCGAUAUUGCAUUCAACCCGUCACGAUGGAUCCUGUGGUUUUGAAAACGGCACUUCUUCUUCAACCGUCUGAACCAAUAAACGUUCGCCUCGUUGAUCGGGAAUCAUAAUACUUGUGUGUGGAAUACUCAUGAAAUAUAGCAUGGCCGAACAUUACGGGAGUGGGGUACAUGCAGUAUUACACCCCUACUAAGUACAGUUCCACUGCCCCUACUUAUGUUACGUUAGGUAUGGGGUUAUAUAAAUAAUAACCUCAUUUAUUUUUUGUACAUUUGUAUAUCUUUAAAUGCAGUGAACACUGACACACGGAAAUACUGUAAUUUCCUACAGAGCGUGUUGUGUACGGGACUUUGUUUGUUUAGUUUAACAACACCACUAGAGCACAUUGAUUUAUAAAUAAUCGGCUAUUGGAUGUUAAACAUCUGGUAAUUUUGACAUAUAGUCUUAGAAAGGAAACCCACUACAUUUUUCCAUUAGUAGAAAGGGAUCUUUUUUUAUGAAAUAGUCUAAUGGGCCCACUGACGGGGAUCGAUCCAAGACCGACCGCGCAUCACGAGGUUUUUACGUUUUGGUAAUGUAGUGAUGUUACUGUUCCUUUUCCUUUCUCACCUUCGAGAUUUAUCUUUCACUUUCUUUUUAAACUACGGGUAUUAUGUGUUUAAUAUAAAUGUAGUUAUUGUCGAGAGUAGAGAGUAGAGUAGAGUAGAGUAGAGUAGAGAGAGAGAGAGAGAGAGA